GCUGGCGAGGUGUGCGCGUGCAUUUUCCCUCAAGUUUCUCAAUUCCAAUCUAGUAACCAUGUGUGUUGCCAACCGAAAACGGUAGACGAUCGAGUCGAAUUCUCGCGUGUGUGUUCGGUGCUGCGGCUCGGAAAAAUGGGCCGUACAACUGGGGGUUCUCCCUCCGGCUAACGAAUUUUUCUUGUGGGCCGGGGAAAUAGGCCAUGGCCUUUUUGAUCACGGUUUGGACCACCCUGCUGUGGCUAGCCUCAGCGACUGGAUUCGAUCCCACAUUUCCUGCAGGUCCAAUCUCAUUUCUCAGCCAGUCGAUCGACCUCUUGAAAUCCUUGGGAUCAUACAACAGCAGCUGGGAGGGUGUAACGCUAUAUCCUGAAGGUCCAGAUCCACAUCUUAGGCCGGCCUAUUUGUUACAAGGGGACUUCAGAGAUUUGAAACUACCACCAUCAGAAUUGAAUCAAGUCAUCGAGCUGCUGCGUUCCAAUUCGGAGUUCACCAUUUCAGCAAGACUUAAACAAGAACCGCGCAACACCGGAUCAAUUAUUUCCUUCGCACACGGAAUCAACAGGUACCUAGAACUUCAGUCGAGUAGCCGUGCAGACGAAAUUCGUCUAUCUUAUAUUACCAAACUAAAUUCCAAAGUGUACGUCGAAAAAUUUCCCUACCGUUUGAAUGACAACAAGUGGCACGAUAUUGUGGUAUCCGUGAGUGGACCAGAAGUGGAAUUGUUAGUAGACUGCAAAUCGCUCUUCAAGAGGGUGCUGAGGAUGGGAGAACCAAUCAGAAACUUUCCGGGGACGACGCAGUUGUGGAUAGGACAGAGAAACAAUAUGACUUAUCCUUUUAAGGGUGGAAUGCAAAAUGUACGACUGAUUGGAGGACCACACGGCUACCUAUCGUCCUGUCCAGAUUUGGAUUCAACGUGUCCGUCAUGUGGCCAAUUCUUCCAGCUUCAGAAUACCGUGCAGGAACUGACGAGGCAUCUUCAGGAACUUUCCGAAAGGUUAGUGGUUGCAGAAAGCCGAAUAAGCAAAGUAGAGGAAUGUGACUGUCACAAAUCCUGUCAUUUGAAUGGAACCAUAUAUGCAGAUGGAGCCAAAUGGCAAAGCAAGUGUGACAUAUGUUCUUGUGUGCAUGGGACCGUGGAGUGCCAGCCUGUGAAGUGUCCUGAACCACCUUGCAAGCAUCCUGUCAAUAUUAGUGGACGAUGCUGUCAAAGUUGUUUGAAAAACUGUUUAUUUAAUGGUCAAUUUUAUGACCACGGUGAAGUGAUUACCGUGAAAAAGUGUGUGGAUUGUGAAUGCAAGGAUGGAUCCAUGAAGUGCAAUAAAACUGAUCCAGAAAAGAGCUGUCCUAAACUGAACUGCCCACCAGAGAAGCAGUUCAGUGUGCCAGACCAUUGCUGCAUGUUUUGUCCAGGUGUUGACUACUGCGCAAAAGGGCAUUACUGUCAUGCCAAUGCUUCCUGUCUUAACUUACAAACUACUUACGCUUGUCAGUGUGACCAAGGCUUUCAUGGAGAUGGCAGAAUGUGUUCUGAUAUAGACGAGUGCCAGCAAGAAGGAGGUCUCGAUGGUCAUCAUUGUCACCAAAACACCAGAUGCGUCAAUAUUCCCGGAUCCUACGAAUGCGAAUGCCUUCCAGGAUACAGGAGAAUCGACAAAUUCAAUUGCGCUGAAUUGGACGAAUGCAGUACUGGCGAACAUAACUGUGAUGUCAAUGCUGAAUGUAUUAAUUCUGAAGGAAGUUACCAUUGCGUUUGUAAAGAUGGAUACACUGGUGACGGAUACUCCUGUCAGCCUGUUUGCAGUCAAAAAUGCUUGAAUGGUGGUAUAUGCAGGAGGCCAGGAAAGUGCGCCUGUCCAAACGGUUACACAGGAUCAAGCUGUGAACUUGACUUGGAUGAAUGCGCCACUGAUUCCCAUAGGUGCACAAAUACUUCAGUAUGUGUUAAUAUGAUCGGAUGGUACUAUUGCAAAUGUGACGAGGGAUACGAGAAUCGUUAUAAAGACAAUAACUCGAAAACUAUAUGUUUAGAUAUUAAUGAAUGUAAUAGUGAUCUUCACACUUGUCAUCCCUCUGCUCAAUGUAUAAACACCAAUGGAAAAUUUGUUUGUGAAUGUCCCCCCAACAGACCAGAGUGUAAACUGAGUUGCAUUUUUGAAGGAAAUGAAAUCCUUUCUGGCGAGUCAGUCUCCCCUAGGCACGAUCCGUGUGAAAUUUGCACCUGUCAGAAAGGAGUUAUGACGUGCGAAAAACCAAAAUGCGACUGCACUUCCCCCGAUGCCAAGGAAAACCCUUGCUGUCCCAGAUGUAAUGAAAGACAUGCUUGUCGACACCAAGAACUACCGAAUGUCAUCCUGAACCACGGAGAUCAGUGGUCUUACCAGUGUCAAGUUUGUGAAUGUCUCUACGGAGACAUAGACUGUGAGGAGAUGAUAUGUCCUCCUCUACUCUGUGACAACCCCGUUCUCAACCCAGAAGAUUGCUGCCACCAUUGCGAAGAUCUCUGCUCUUCCGGUAAUGGUAAUAGCUCUGCUUCGGGACAACAGUGUUCCUUUGCAGGCAGAAUGUAUGAUUCCGGGUCGCAAAUUAUCGAUCCCAAAGAUCCGUGUACGGCUUGCAACUGUAAGGUGCCGUACUGCGCAGAACUGGACGGACAGCUUUGCUGUAGCUAUAAUUUCGAUUGUGGUGACAAUCCACGGGCAGUGGGGUACGAUGGAUUGGUGGCAUCUAAAAACGAAACUACAAGCAGUGAUAGUGCGCUUUUUGACGUUACUAAACAUUCUAGUGUUCUUCGAUUGGCUACUAAUAGUGCUGGGUUCUCUGUCAGUGACUCGAGGAGCAGCGAGACUGAAAAUAGUCGAGCUCCGCGAAAACGCCUACGAAGAGCCUCCCCUGGCGGUUGAUCGCCCCUUUAACAGGACCGGUUUUACAUUCCUUGACACUUGCGAGCCACGUGUGCAAUAGCUGGCUUGCGACAUUUCAAGUGUCUUCCCUAGAUGCGUAGAGGGGACUCAGUGUCCAUACCCGUUUUAGCUUCAACGGCUUUGUUAUAAUGUUAUACUCAGAAUUAGUAGUAAUGGUACAUUAUGGGCUACUACAAUGUGUCGUUUUAUACUUAAAUGUUUAUCAUCAGUAUAUAUGAUUCCAUAAAGCUCAAGUCUUCUUCAAGAACCACAGUAAUUCCUUCAGAAAUAUUCGAAUAAAUGUACAGGAACAAUAUUUUACAAAAUCACUGCUUUACAAUAACCAGAGUCAAUGUUUAUGUAAAACAUAUAUAUAAAAAAUACUUCUCAACAUGUUUUCGAAUCUUUCUCAAGGCAUUUCUUAGUGGAAGUAUAUAGAGUUCUUAGAAGACUUCAGUUUUUGUGGUGGUGUAUACAUUUUUUGUGAUUUUAUACAAGGUAUAUUAUUGAAACUAAGUGUUGUUAUGAAUAUAGAAUAAACCAGCUAUAUCAGCAGACUUAGAGUUUAGAGCUUUUCUACAAAAAUUCUUCGAAGGUGCAUCGUCCUCAUUAUGACUGUAUUUGAAUCGGCCUAGGGUUGCCGUAAGAUUGAUAGUAUAUACUAUCCCUCAAUGCCUAUUGUCGUUUCUAACAUUUCAGAAUAACUACUAUUAUGUAGAUGGAUGUAUAUAUCUACUCCUUUCAAUCGAUAAAUCUUUAUAGAUUCAUAUUCACCUCAGAAUAAUGAGUGACUAAAAGUCAUUCAUGGCCUUGACAAUGGCAAAGGCAGAAAAUUACAAAAGCUAAGGAUAUUGUAAGAAAUAUAGACAAUAAUAAUUAAUAUAGGUAAGUUUGAAAUAGAAAAAUCAUCGCCUGAACGCGCUAAUACGAAUUAUUCAGGCAUUAACGAAAAAUUUGAAUAUUAGUUCAUCAGAUUGAUGAAAUUAAAUAUCCGUGCUGGAUUGGUACUAUCAAGUCAAUUCAAUUAUAAGCUUCGAAUAUAGUUACUAUAUAGUAUUCAAUAUGAUGUCUAUUUAAGCGAUGGAUUGAAAGUCAAUUCAUUCAAUAUCGAUUGAUGCAAUGAAGACCAUAAGUGUUUUACAAUUCGAAAAGUGCUGAGACCGAUUUUUUUUAAACUUUGGAAGUAUCAUGGUCUACGAAUUUCAAACGAAUCAAAUAAGGACUUAUUAUAGCUUUGAGAGAAAGAACUGUUAUUAGAAUCAUUUUAGUAGUCCAUAGUGAAUGCAAAACAAAAUAAUGUCAUGGAAUCAAUCCAGCCACCGCAAAAUAGGUAAGAAGAUUUAUUGCGUAAUAUUAUUUUUUCAAUUUUUGUAUUUAUUUGAUGAUUUAUGUGUGUAGAAUAGUGGUUCGAUUGAUUCCAAAAAUAAAUGAAUUAGUGUAUAGUAAGUAUAUGUUUCUGUUUCUAGAGCGUUUAUAAUGAAAAAUCUAGUCAAAUUGAGCUUGUUUCAAUCUAUGGCAAGCUUUAAAAUAUCGAAUACAAAUGUGUUUUAAUGCUUGAUGAUUUUUUUUAUUAUUUUUUUACAAAGCUAAUAAUAAUCUUUUCCAAGGCAUCUCUUAAUUGUACAAAAUAGAUCAAUGUCAAUGUCUAUUUUCAUCGUGAUUUCACUUAUGACUUUCAACAGUUGAUUCUUCACUGUCCUUUAUACAGGGUCGCGAAAAUUUGCACUUUUUAUAUUUGUCUUCCCAGGUGCUUCACUUUAGAGAAUUUGCAAACUAUUUUUUGUCGCUCGCUUCCUCAAUUUCGAAAAGUGGAAGUCAAACUUUAUGUCAAAAAUAUUAUCGAAGUGUAUCAAAUUUUCCACGAUUGUAAUUUGACUAUCAAAAAUCUUCAUUUCAAUUUUAGUCAUCCUGUAUGAAGGAAGAGGGAAAUGUACUUGAAUGUAGUACCGGUUUCCAUUAUUCAAACACUCCAAAAUAUAUUUAGUUUUUCAGGUCAAAAAUUUAUUUGAAUAAGUAUCUACACAGUCCACCAUAUUUGAUUAUUUAGUGUUUCCUUGGUAACAACUUUCACCAAUUCAAAUUGUACAAUAUAAAAAUAUAUUUCACAUUCUCAAGAAACACUUUCCAUAAAAUGUUCAGAUGAUGAAUCCUUUUUUUUUAAUAAGAAUCAAACUGCACGACGGGCGUUUCACCAACCAAGUUGGCGUCUUCAGGAGAUGAAGAGAAUCGAAAACUUAGUGGUUAAUGAAGUGCGCCUCGAGAAAAGUAUUGGGAAAAGUACUUGUUCUUGAUUUAUUCUACGCCAGAAGUUCCACUUCUACCUUUUAGAAUGUUCAAAUUGUCUCAAGUGAUUUGCAGUUUCUGAAAAUCUCCAUUCUGAACCAAAAAUUAGAACUAUAUAUGACUCUAUAACUAUUCCCAACUUCCAACUAUUGAACUUAUAGAAGUACUUCAACACAUUUCGUGAGGAAGUACUAGCAUUAUUUCAUUCACCAUUACUCAAAAUGACUUUCAGGCCUCUAGAAGAUAUAAUUACUAUCAAAGAGAUAUUUUCAAAACUCCUAAUUUUUAUCGAUAACUGUUUUGGAAUAUGAACUGUAUCAACUCUAUAGUACUGGGCUUCUCAAAAGAAUUUUUUUUAACUCAAGAUCAGACUCAUUCAUCCGACCCAAAACUGAAUUGAAGAGAAUUUGAAACCAAUUCGGAAUAAAUUUGAAAAUGGAAAUCAAAAUUGAUUGCAAUUAAUUAACUGGAUGUAGAAAUUCUAAACGCCGUCGUCUCUAUUAACUUACAUUUAAUUUAGGGCAAAAUGAUAAUGAUAACUUGACUCCAGAUUACCAACAUUUAUGCAUACAUGGGUAAAUUAGAAACAACGUGUUAGGAAUCACACGUUAAAAGGUGAGACCUCGUUAGUCCUUAGC